UGUGCUCUUUUGACCCUCCAGACCUGCGCGGCCUCCAGCAGCAGCUACUCGUACAGGGAGGCGCGGCGGCUCACCCAUGGCUUCGCCCGCGCCCUCGCCGGCGACGUCGGCGGCCUGGCCGCCCAGGGCCCCGCCCUGGCCAAGGGCGACGUGGUGGCGCUCGUGGCGCCCAACACCCCCGAGUUCGUGUUCGCGGCGCACGGCGCCAUCGAGGCGGGGCUCACCGUCACGUUCGUCAACCCACUCUACACGCCGGAGGAGACCGCCCGCCAGCUCAAGAUAUGCAACGCGCGCCUGGUCGCCACCAUCCCCGCCCUGCUGCCGCUCGUCCGGGCCGUGGCGCAGUCCCUGCCCCAGUACAAGGGCACCGUCCUGCUGGACCAGCUGCCCUCAGAGCAGGCCGCGGGGGAGUUCAGCUUCCAGGCGCUGGCCGCCGAGGGCUUGGACACGGAGGGCGUGUCCCUGCCGCGUAACCACAGCGACGACAUCGCCAUCCUGCCCUUCUCGUCGGGCACGACGGGCAUGCCCAAGGGUGUGAUGCUGUCCCACGGCCAGCUCGUCAGCAACCUGGCCAUGUGCAUGACCCCCGACUUCCGCUUCGCGCGCUACACCCGGGCCGACGUGCAGGACUCGAUCCUGAGCGUGCUUCCCUUCUUCCACAUCUUUGGCUUCAACACGGUGCUCCACACGACCAUCCUCAGCGGCCAGCACCUCAUCACGCUGCCCAAGUUCACCCCAGAGGACUACAUCGGCGCCCUGCUCCGGUUCAGGCCCUCGGGUCUGGGCGCCGUGCCCGCAGUCAUCCAGUUCCUCGCCAUGCACCCCGCCGUCAAGCCCGAGCACCUGGACAGCAUCCGCUACGUCAUCUGCGGCGCGGCUCCGCUCGGCCUCGACGUGCUCAAGCGCCUCAACGACAAGGCGGGUCGCGAGAUCGACUUGCGACAAGGUUACGGCAUGACGGAGACCUCCCCGGUGACAGUCUUGUGUAGCCGACACACGCCUCUGGAGAGGAGGGGGUCCGUCGGGCAGCUGCUGCCGGGCACCAGAGCCCGCGUCGUCGACCUCAGCAGCGGGGAGCACGUCGGUCCCGGACAGCGGGGCGAGCUCCUCGUCAAGGGACCCCAGGUCAUGACGGGGUACUACAACAACGAGGAGGCGACGCGGGAGGUGCUGGACACUGAGGGCUGGCUCCACACGGGUGACGUGGCCUACUACGAUGACGAGUGCUACUUCCACAUCGUCGAUAGGACCAAGGAGCUCAUCAAAGUCAAGGGACACCAG